AUCCCAGCUUUUUUUUUUUGCAAUAAUAUUCCGCCUUUUAUUCUCUCUCACUGUCUCUCUGCUAGGGUUUGGUGGCCGCGCUCUGCUUCUUCUUCUUCUUCUACUUGUGUUUCUUAUUGACUCGGAUUGAUCACCGACUCGCUGUCCCACCGAGUCCAUUCAUCAACUCGGGAUCCCAAUGGCGAUGGAAAUUACCCAGUUUCUUUUAAAUGCCCAAGCAGUGGAUGGAAAUGUACGCAAGCAUGCUGAAGAGAACAUAAGACAGUUUCAAGAGCAAAAUCUUCCGAGUUUCCUGUUCUCUCUUGCUGCAGAAUUAGCUAAUGAUGACAAGCCUGUUGAGAGUCGAAAGUUAGCAGGUCUAAUUCUAAAGAAUGCAUUGGAUGCCAAAGAACAGCAUAGAAAGUUUGAACUUGCACAAAGAUGGGUUGCUCUGGACCCAAAUGCAAAGACCCAAAUUAGAGCGUUCCUGUUAAAGACUUUAUCAUCUCCUGCCCAUGAUGCUCGAUCAACUGCAUCUCAAGUCAUUGCAAAGCUUGCAGGCAUUGAGUUGCCACUCAAACAUUGGCCUGAACUGAUAGAAGCUCUGCUGUCAAAUAAUAAUCAGCUUCCGGCUCAAACGAGACAGGCAACUCUUGAAACUCUUGGAUACAUAUGCGAGGAGGUCUCCCCAGAGGUGAUAGAGCAAGAUCAUGUCAACAAAAUACUUACAGCUGUUGUUCAGGGCAUGAACUCUUCCGAGAGUAAUAAUGAUGUCAGGCUUGCUGCUACACGAGCUCUUUAUAAUGCUUUGGGUUUUGCUCAGGCGAACUUCUCCAAUGAUACGGAACGUGAUUACAUAAUGAGAGUUGUAUGUGAGGCUACUCUUUCCCCUGAGGUAAAGAUUCGACAAGCAGCAUUUGAAUGUUUGGUUUCUAUAUCUUCGACAUACUAUGAGAAAUUGUCUCCAUACAUCCAAGAUAUUUUCACCAUAACUGCAAAGGCUGUCAAGGAAGAUGAAGAACCUGUUGCGCUUCAAGCUAUUGAGUUUUGGAGUUCAAUUUGUGAUGAGGAGAUUGACAUUCUAGAAGAAUAUGGUGGUGAUUUCACUGGGGAUUCUGUUAUUCCUUGCUUUUAUUUUAUUAAGCAAGCACUUCCUGCUCUCAUCCCCUUGUUAUUGGAGACACUUCUUAAGCAGGAAGAGGAUCAAGAUCAGGAUGAAGGGGCCUGGAAUAUUGCCAUGGCUGGUGGCACUUGCUUGGGCUUGGUAGCACGGACAGUUGGUGAUGAUGUUGUGCCGCUUGUAAUGCCAUUUAUUGAGGAGAAUAUUUCGAAACCAGAUUGGAGGCAGAGGGAGGCAGCCACCUAUGCUUUUGGUUCAGUUUUGGAAGGCCCAUCCCCUGAGAAGCUAAUGACUCUUGUUAAUCAUGCUUUGAAUUUUAUGCUAAAUGCCCUGAUGAAAGACCCAAACAACCAUGUGAAGGACACUACUGGUUGGACCCUUGGGAGGAUAUUUGAGUUUCUACAUGGGUCAACUUAUGAGACACCCAUAAUUACCCAAGCAAAUUGUCAACAGAUUAUCACAGUUCUUCUUCAGAGCAUGAAAGAUGUACCAAAUGUUGCUGAGAAAGCCUGUGGUGCUUUAUAUUUCUUGGCGCAGGGUUUCGAGGAUUCAGGGUCUUCAUCCACCCAGCUGACUCCCUUUUUCCAGGAUAUCAUCGGGGCACUUCUUGAUGUGACUCAUCGAGAAGAUGCUGGAGAAUCCCGCCUUCGAACUGCAGCCUAUGAGAGUCUGAAUGAAGUUGUAAGGUGCUGCACGGAUGAGACUGCUCCAAUGGUGAUGCAAUUAGUUCCUAUUAUUAUGAAUGAACUCCACCAGACUCUUGAGGCACAUAGGCUUUCAUCUGAUGAAAGAGACAAGCAGAAUGAACUACAAGGCCUUCUCUGUGGUUGCUUGCAGGUCAUCAUACAAAAGCUAGGGUCAUCUGAACCAACUAAAUAUGUCUUCAUGCAGUAUGCUGACCAGAUGAUGCAACUUUUCUUGAGAGUAUUUUCUUGUAAAAGUGCCACAGCGCAUGAGGAGGCUAUGCUUGCCAUUGGAGCUCUUGCCUAUUCGACUGGCUCUGAUUUUGCAAAGUACAUGUCUGAAUUCUACAAAUAUUUAGAAAUGGGCCUCCAAAACUUUGAGGACUAUCAGGUUUGUGCUAUAACAGUUGGUGUGGUGGGGGAUAUAUCUAGGGCUUUGGAAGAUAAAAUAUUGCCUUAUUGUGAUGGGAUAAUGACCCAGCUCCUCAAGAAUUUGUCAAGCAACCAGUUGCACCGAUCUGUGAAGCCUCCAAUAUUUUCAUGCUUUGGUGACCUAGCUUUGGCCAUUGGGGAGAAUUUCGACAAGUAUUUGAUGUAUGCCAUGCCCAUGCUUCAGAGUGCGGCAGAACUUUCAGUCCAGACAUCAGGUGCUGAUGAUGAUAUAAUAGAGUACACAAAUACUUUGAGGAAUGGAAUUUUGGAGGCAUACUCUGGUAUCUUACAAGGAUUUAAGGGCUCCGCAAAGAGCCAAUUAUUGAUGCCUCAUGCACCUCAUAUUCUCCAGUUCUUGGAUAGUUUAUACAUGGCUAAGGACAUGGAUGAUGUGGUCAUGAAGACUGCCAUUGGGGUACUUGGAGAUCUAGCUGAUACCUUGGGUGGUAAUGCAGCUCCGUUAAUUCAGCAAUGUGUAUCAAGCAGAGGCUUCCUAAAUGAAUGUCUCCAGUCAGAGGAUAAUUUGGUCAAGGAAGCUGGUGAAUGGGUGCAGUUGGCCAUUCGUCGGGCAAUAUCGUUUUGAGGCCACUGCUAUCUAGUACAUUCUCGUUCUUGCAUGCAUUUGGGUGUCGUGAGUUGGGGUCGGGCAUUGCAUAUCAUGAGUCAGGUCAUCACCAUUUUUGGGCUGGUACAUUUGCGUCAACAGGCAGUCGGUAUAUCAAAAUCACCAGCGCGGAGUCGGGUCUUUUUUUCUUUUUGUUCAUUUCUUUAUUUUCUUGUUUGGCAUUGCAUUGGAGGAAGUUGGUGGUGAUGGCCUCUGUGUCUCUGCUAUCUUGGCAGAAAAAGAUGAUCUUAUAGAAGAAAAGAAAGUGGUGUUGGAGGAAUGAGAUAGAAGAAUAUAUAUACAUAUACCCCAUUGCACCCUACCGAUGCCGUGUUUUGUGGGCUGGCGUAGCUGUUUCAUUCCUAUGAAGUUAUGAUGAUGGUAAAGGUUUGGUUCAGGAGUUGGAGCCCUUGAGAUGGAGCUAUAAAGUCCUGCCAUUUUCUCCCCAAAUCUUUGGUCUUAUUUUUCCUUCUCACCAGAAUUUGGGUCUGAAAGUACACUGCAUUUGUUACAUUUCAAUUGUCAUAGAGUCGGGUUUCUUUUGCCUUUUGUAGUCAUUCUGUAUACUUGCUCGUAGUUAUGUUGGAAUUUGGUGAAAGUCAUAAUAUAUGGGCAUUCAUGCAUUAGUUAUAUUUCAUCAUUGUUGUACCCACAGGAAUUUUUCAGUCAAAUGAUCAAUGUCAUGCAUUUAUCUAUCUUUUGUUGCCUUAUUGUGGAUGGGCGCUUGUAUAGCUGUGUUUCUUCAUACAAGUAUGUGAAUCUAUGAAAGAAUAUCUUCUUGCAA